AUGGGAGAAACGAAAGAAAUUGAACGAUCGGUACAAAUGCGUUUAUAUGCAUUGCAUAAACGUCAAUUUGUAGCUGUUUUUGUUCUGUUCUUUAUUUGUUUAUUUAUUACUAUUUUAAUUGGUAUUGCUGGUCCUUCUGUUAUAAUUCAAUCGAGUUAUUAUAAAUCAGAAGAUCAACAAAAACAAAUAUCUGGUCCUUAUAAACUAGAAGCGAGCAAUCUUGAUAAAUUUCAUCAACGUCUUUGGUUAACUAUGAAAACAACAACUGAUAGCAAUGAUGACUUUCAUCAAGUGGUCAAUGUCAGUAUUUCUAUGAGUAAUCCGUCUUCAUCAGUAAAGUUGCAAAGCUACGAACGUCAACGCAAAAUCCAUUGUCAAAAACAAGUUAGUAAUAAAAAAAGAAUAAUAAAGAGUUUGUAG